CCCAGAAUGCAAUCCAUCCAAAAAGAUUCCAGCAAAUUUCGUAUGACAUGCAACUAUGAUACUGACGGCGUUGUCUUUCGUGAUUACCUUCAAGCAGCCAAUGAUCAAAUGGAUAUAAUAACAUUCGUCAAAGGUGAAGUGUGCAUUUUGGUGGAAUGGAUUAAUAUCCGAGGACAAGAGUGCAAAAACUGCACUGCAUUCCUGGCUCAAGGUGGCCCGUAUAAAUUAACUCUGCAAAGUGAUUCUUAUUACGCUGGACACCUUGGUUGUGAAUUUCUGCCAAACAAUGGUCUUUAUUGUUCCGGACACGGAGAAGAUAACUUUGGCGUCUAUAGGUGCGUCAAUCCUGCUCACAGAUGUUCUUCGUCUUAG